CCUCCCUUCCCCCCACCCCGGGCCCGCUCCCUCCCUCGGCCAGCUGAGCCGGCUGUCUGUUGGCGGCCCUGCGCCGGCCCUCCAGCCAGCCUCCUGCCCGUCCCGCCGCGAUGGAGGUGCCCCAGCCGGAGCCCGCGCCAGGCUCACCUCUCAGCCCAGCCUGCGUGCGCGGUGGCGCCCGACGUCCGGGCCACCUCCCGGGCCUCCAGCUGGGAUCUCAUGGCCUCCUGGGGUCCCCGGAGCGCGCGGCCGCUUCCUCGCCGGUCACCACUCUCACCCAGACCAUGCACGACCUCGCCGGACUCGGCAGUGAGACCCCCAAGGGUCAGGGAGGGAGCCUGCACUUCCACCGCCGGCUGGCACAUCUACCCCUAUCACGAAGGGCAUCUGAAUCCUCCCUGUUGUCUGAGUCCUCCGAGUCUUCUGAUGCAGGUCUCUGCAUGGAUUCCCCUAGCCCUGUGGACCCCCAGAUGGCAGAAGAGACAUUUGAACAGGCCAUCCAGGCAGCCAGCCGAGUCAUUCGAAGCAAGCAGUUUGCCAUCAGACGCUACCAGUCCCUGCCGGUGAGGCUGCAGAGCCACAGCCCUGUGCUCCGGAACGUCACCAACUCCCAAGCACUGGACAGCCGGAGGAAGAGCCAGGCUGACGGCAGGGCUGCCAGCAGCUCCGGGGAAGACAAAGAGAAUGAUGGAAUUGUCUUCAAGAUGCCAUGGAAGCCCAGCUCUGCCCAUGUUCUGGCACACUGGGCCAGCCGCAGAGAAGCCUUUACCCAGAGGCCAAGCUCAGCCCCGGACCUGAUGUAUCUCACCCCUGAGCAAGAGAUGGAAGUAGAAGAGCUGGGCCCCCUGGCCCAAGGACAUUUCUCCCUGACCCCUGCCGAGGGUGCUGCUGAGGAAGAUGAUGGAUUUGUGGACAUCCUGGAGAGUGACUUAAAGAGUGACGAUGCGGUCCCCCCGGGCAUGGAGAGCCUCAUCAGUGCCCCACUGGUCAAGACGUUGGGAAAGGAAGAAGAGCAGGACCUCGUCAUGUACAGCAAGUGCCAGAGGCUCUUCCGCUCGCCGUCCAUGCCCUGCAGCGUGAUCCGGCCCAUCCUCAAGAGGCUGGAGCGGCCCCAGGACGGAGAUAUGCCUGUACAGAACAAGCGGAGGAGGAGUGUGACCCCUCCAGGGGAGCAUCAGGAGCCCGAGGAACCUAAAGCCCGUGUCCUCCGCUCGAAGUCCCUGUGUCAUGAUGAGAUUGAGAGCAUCCUGGGCAGUGACCACCGCCAGCUGAUUGGAGAUUACUCCAAGGCCUUUCUCCUACAGACUGUGGAUGGAAAACACCAAGACCUCAAAUACAUCUCACCAGAAACGAUGGUGGCCCUGUUGACGGGCAAGUUCAGCAACAUUGUGGAGAAGUUUGUGAUAGUGGACUGCAGAUACCCCUAUGAGUAUGAGGGUGGGCACAUCAAGACUGCCGUGAACUUGCCCCUGGAACGUGAUGCCGAGACUUUCCUGCUGCAGAGCCCCAUCAUGCCCUGUAGCCUGGACAAGAGAGUCAUUCUCAUUUUCCACUGUGAAUUCUCAUCUGAGCGUGGGCCCCGCAUGUGCCGUUUCAUCAGGGAACGAGACCGUGCCGUCAAUGAUUACCCCAGCCUCUACUAUCCUGAGAUGUAUAUCCUCAAAGGCGGCUACAAAGAGUUCUUCCCACAGCACCCGAACUUCUGUGAGCCCCAGGACUACCGGCCCAUGAACCACGAGGACUUCAAGGACGAGCUAAAGACCUUCCGUCUCAAGACACGCAGCUGGGCCGGGGAGCGGAGCCGGCGGGAGCUCUGUAGCCGGCUGCAGGACCAGUGAGGGGUCAUCAUCUGUCCUGCCACCUCCCUUGCCUCCUGAGGCCUGAAGCCAGCUGCCCUGUGGGCCUGCAGGGCUGAGGGCCUGUUGGAGGGCCCAGGUGCUACCCAGGGAAAAGACAGAAUCGGUGACCUGUCUGCCCCUAGCCCAACUGCCCUUGUCUCAUGCUGGUCAUAUCCAGUCCUGGUGCCAUCCCCACACCCACCCCUGGAAGGGACCUAGUCUAUUGAGUUAGUUAAGUUGGGUUAAUGCCAGCUUAAAGCAGUAUUUUGUGUCCAGCAGGAACCUUUUUGCUUCCUUGUUUGGGUCAGUCCCUUUGUCUUCCUGUGUCUAGAAAAGUCCCUUUGUAUAUAUGUGAGCUGAGACUGGGGGGAGCCUCAGCCCCCAAGGAUGGGUCAGAGCUGAACUCUCCUGGCCUGGGAGUCAGCACUCGACCCUGUGCACUUACCUGGCCAGGGCUGCCCCUGCCCUCUGCAGGAAUCAUGGGUGUGUCUGCCAUGUUGUCCCUUUCUCAUUUCUUCUUUCCUGUCCCUCCAUACAAGCACC